CCCCCCCCCCCCCCCUCUCUCAUGGCUUCUCACGGCCCGACUACUUUUGGGUCCGUCCGAAAUCGCCACCACAAAGCACCACCCCAAGCCCACAAAUAGAAACAAAGUUAGGGAGUACAAAAUACAUCAAUGGCAGUGUUUUUAAAAUCUGAGAUUCUUGUUUCUGCUUUGUUCUCAGUUACACUUCUGUUGCUAUUGAAUCAGCGGGUCAACUCGGAGCCGACUGACGACAAGCGAGCCCUCCUUGCGUUUAUCUCACAGACCCCUCACGAGAAUCGCAUCCAAUGGAACGCCUCCGACUCGGCUUGCAAUUGGGUCGGUGUCGAAUGCGACGCCAAUCGCUCCUUUGUCUACUCACUCCGGCUUCCGGGCGUUGGCCUUGUGGGUCAGAUUCCGGCGAACACAAUUGGAAAACUCACUCAGCUCCGAGUACUUAGUCUACGCUCUAACCGUCUAAUCGGUCAGAUUCCCUCUGAUUUCUCCAAUCUAAAGCUUCUCCGUAGUCUCUACCUCCAGAACAACCAGUUAUCCGGCGAGUUCCCAACCACCGUCACCGAGUUAACUCGGUUGGCCCGUCUAGAUCUCUCCACCAACAACUUCACCGGAACAAUACCAUUCGCCGUCAACAAUCUAACCCAGUUAACCAAACUUUUCCUGGAAAACAAUGGGUUUUCCGGUCAGCUGCCGAGCAUCAAUCAACAAAGCUUAGUGGACUUCAAUGUCUCAAACAACCAUCUCAACGGUUCAAUCCCUGGAACCCUAUCGAAAUUCCCUGCAUCUGCAUUCACCGGAAACUUCAAUCUCUGCGGCGCACCAUUGCCGCCGUGUAAUCCGUUCUUUCCUUCACCAGCCCCGUCACCGUCUUCAAUUGCGCCACCACAAAAACCAACAAGCAAGAAAUCCAAAAAGCUUUCGACGGCGGCCAUUAUAGGUAUCUCCGUCGGUUCAGCUUUCAUACUACUCCUGUUAUUACUAAUUCUCAUCCUCUUCUUGCGAAAGAAGCAACGCCGGCGAACGACUUCAAAAUCCCCUAAGCCGCCGGCGACGGCGCGGUCCGUAGCGGCGGCGACGGAAAUGGGGACAUCGUCGUCGAAGGAAGACAUCACGGGGUCAGCAGAAGCAGAGAGAAACAAAUUGGUGUUCUUCAAUGGUGGGGUUUACAGUUUCGAUUUGGAGGAUCUGUUGAGGGCUUCGGCGGAAGUGUUGGGCAAAGGGAGCGUUGGGACGUCGUACAAGGCGGUGUUGGAGGAGGGCACGACGGUGGUGGUGAAGAGACUGAAGGAUGUGGUUGUGGGCAAGAAAGAGUUCGAAAGCCAAAUGGAUGUUUUGGGGAAAAUUAAGCAUGAAAAUGUAGUGCCUUUGAGAGCAUUCUACUACUCCAAGGAUGAGAAGUUACUUGUCUGUGAUUUCAUGCCUGCUGGUAGCUUAUCUGCUCUUCUUCACGGGAGCAGAGGAUCAGGCCGUACACCACUAGACUGGGACAACCGGAUGAGAAUAGCUUUGAGCGCCGCAAGGGGUUUGGCUCACCUACACGUGUCUGGAAAAGUGGUCCACGGCGACAUAAAAUCUUCCAACGUCCUCCUCCGCCAGCAGGACCACGACGCCUGCGUAUCGGACUUCGGCCUCAACGCGCUCUUCGGCGCGUCCACGUCAACCAACCGCGUCGCCGGCUACCGUGCGCCGGAGGUGGUGGAAACCCGUAAGGUGACCUUCAAGUCGGACGUGUACAGUUUCGGCGUGUUGUUGUUGGAGUUGUUGACCGGUAAGGCGCCGAAUCAGGCGUCCCUGGGUGAGGAAGGGAUUGAUCUGCCGAGGUGGGUCCAGUCGGUGGUGCGAGAGGAAUGGACGGCUGAGGUUUUUGAUGUGGAGCUGAUGAGGUAUCAGAACAUUGAGGAAGAGAUGGUGCAGCUGUUGCAGAUCGCCAUGGCGUGUGUCUCCACCGUCCCGGAUCAGAGACCCGCCAUGCCGGACGUGGUCCGAAUGAUCGAAGACAUGAAUAGGGGUGAGACUGAUGAUGGUCUACGGCAGUCGUCUGAUGAGCCGUCAAAAGGAUCGGACGGCCAUACGCCGCCCCAGGAGUCAAGGACCCCACCUCGUGCAAGCACAUAGUAGAGAAAAUUCAUUUUAAUAAAAUAAAAGAAAAAGAGAAGAAAAUUUGAUGGGUCCUCCUUAAAGUUCGCAAAUGGAAAAAAAUGCUGGCUAAUUGAAGGGGUCCUGUCAUUUUUUUAAAAAAAAAUUUCAUUUCAUUUUAUUUAUUUUUGUUUUUAUUUAUUUAAACAGUGCAGUGAUUUUUUUUAGCGGGUUGCAUUGGGUUUUGAAUUUUUUGUUUUGGGGGGAGUUGUAUGGGGAAGGAGAAGAGAGUUCCAUGAACUUAUUGGAAUUUGACUAAUUGAAGGAUUUAGUUUUGUUUAUUUAAUUAUUUAUAGAUAUAGAUAUAGAUAUUUUAUUAGUUAGGAUACAAA